AAUUAAAUGAAAUACGCUUUGCUAUUUCUAAUUUUUGAAGUCGUCUUUGUAACAGCUUAAUUGUGCACAGAAACAAACUCAGUUUAGAACUAUAAGUACAAAGCUAACAGUCCCAACACCUAAAAUAAUGAAUGGAAUUACCAAUCCAUAACAUGUAUUAAUAUAUAAUCUAAAUUUAGCAUUUUAACAGUGUAAACAAGGAAUAACGUCAGAUACAAAAAACUUUGACAUCUCUCAAGUGUCCUUACUAAAUCCCAAAAUCAGUUUAGAUGUUGAAGACAUGAUUUAGUUAGUGAUGGAUAAUGCUUCAGGACCACUGGCUUAAUAUAAGACUGAUUAAAUCAAAUUGACAUCCUGGGGAGCCACUAACAUUGCAAGAUAUCAAUCUGUGUAUUUCACAAUUGGAAGUGCAGAGCAUAAUUUUGAUUUUUGGGCAAAAGCUCCUGAUGCUGAAAUUCAAGUGUUUUUCAUUUAGGAUUAAAUCUACCAAUAAUGUGAUGUCGAGCCUCUUUAUGCAGUAUUAUCAAUACCAGUCUAUGGAUUGACAGAGACCCAGGAUAUCAGAUAUGCAAUUAACCUGAAUGUUACAACAAAUCUUGAUUAAAUUACAGAUUUCGAUUUCAAAUAAAACAUUCUUGGUGCAUACAAUUCAGAUAUGACAAGCUUUGUGUCUUAUAAAGCACCACUCAACAUCCCGUAAAUAUUUAAUCAUAUGAUUUAAUAGGCCAUGUGGAAAUACCAAUUGGUUUGUGUUGACAUAACCUUAAUUGAUUAAACAAUCAUUAUUGUUUGGAUUAUUGGGAUUGAACUUUGAGAAAACUUUAUAAAGAACUUAGUUGGAUGGAACAAAUUUGAAUUUCAUAAAAGGAGUAAAUUUUAUUGUAAUUCUACAUAGCGAUUCAUUUUUGAAGGCGAAGAUAAUAUGAAGGAUUAUGAUGAUACUGUAGAAUGGGCUGCUACCUGGGUUGCAUCAAUCAUUCCAUGCUUAUUUUUUGCAUUGAUUGUUUGCGUCUAUGGUUAAUAUGAACUAUCCAACAUUGGAAGAUUUAAGAGACCCGAAGCUAAAUAACAUGAAGGAAUGGAAUAAGAAGCUUUACAUUAGGAUGAUGCAGUGGAAAAUAAACUUGCAUGACAUUAUGUUAUAUUUAUUGUCAAAUUUAC